AUGAUCCCGUACUCUGCGCCAAUAAACGAAGGAAGAGAUGGACUUUACCAAAAUUUUUAUCAGGACCGCAACAGAAAAACAAAGAUAGCAGCUGUAACACAAAUGGAGCCGACAAGUGCUCGAAAGAUGGUUCCUUGUUUUGAUGAGCCAGAGUAUAAGGCAAUUUGGAAAGUAAAGAUAAUACAUCCUAAAGGAACUACAGCGAUCUCAAAUGCGAGGACACUAGAUGUAAAAACUCAACAAGGCGGAUAUUGGACAAUAUCUACGUUUGAGCCGACUCCUAUUAUGCCAACGUAUCUUCUCGCUCUUUUAGUGUCUGAAUUUACAUAUAACGAAAUGCAAACAAACAGAGGAGUAAAAUUCCGUUUGUGGUCAGCUCCUGGUACAGAAUCGCAGAGAGAGUACGGACUCAAAGUAGCUACGACUGUCAUGGAGUCCUUUGAAAAGUACUUCGGAGUGAAUGAUGUCAUGUCAAAGCAAGAUCUAGUCGCGUUGGAAAAGUUUGGAGCAGGUGCAAUGGAAAAUUGGGGAUUGAUUACCUUCAAAAAAGUCGUCUUGUUGGAUUCAUCGCAAAAUUCCCAUCUGGAUCCGCUAGAAUUCAAAAUAGAGCAGCAUGAAAGGCGAAGACAAAUCGAAACUGUUGUCGCACAUGAGCUUGCACACCAGUGGUUUGGUAAUUUGGUAACGCUGAGCUGGUGGGAAGAACUUUGGCUCAAUGAAGGUUUCGCUGCAUACUUUGAAAACUUUCAAGUGCUUAGUUUUGCCAAGAAAGGAAUCUCGAUUGUGAGUCAAUGUUUGCUAACACUUCCGCAACCAACAGUACUUCCUGAACACUUUCUAACGCAUCUUAUGUUCUUUGAUUGCUAA